AGGCAAGAACGUAGAUAUGAAUAAAGCUGUUUCUAGACAUUCAAAAAUGAAAGUGUGUCAGUGCCCUUUUGAGAUACAAGUAAAGCGUGUUGUCAGAUCGACAUAUUGGAUGAUCCACACGAGUCAAGACGAAACGAAGGGAUACCAUAAUCAUUCAUUUGUUGUGUAUCCUGAGGGCCAUCGACAGUCGAGCGGCAUAAGCCAGUCAUCAAAAAAUAUUAUUCGUGAUAUGACUGCUGCGCAGGUGACACCAGCAAAUAUUUUGGCCGCCGUCCAGGAAAAAAAUCCACACGACCAUGCUAAUCGGCGACAUAUAUAUAACUAUAGAGACUUUAUGCGUAAGGAAAGUUUUGAGGGUAGGGACGUUCCUACCCAACUUCUACAUUUGGCUAGCAGCAGCAACUAUGUAAUUUAUACAAAUGUCGAUCUGAAUACAAAUGCGCUGACACACAUAUUUAUGGCCCAUCCUGAUUCAAGGUUCUUGCGCGGUCGGUGGAAGUCGAUUAUGGAUGCCAGUACGUCGGAUGAAUACGACGUUGCCGUAGCUAAAUUGAAUGCAAAAUACGGGAAUAAUUCAAAAGUGGUACAAUAUCUCGAGCAGACGUGGCUAGGCCACAAAGAGAAGUUUGUGAAAGCCUGGACGAACCAAGUAACACAUUUUGGCAACACAACUACCUGUAGGGUGGAAACUGCCCACUCUGUGUUGAAGCACAUAAUCAGGGUGCCUGGACAGAUGUUGAGUUUUUUUGGACUCUUGCCAAAGAGGUUGAAGCGAGCGAUCCUGCGACGAUGCGGUACUGCAAUAACCUCAUUUACGGUCAGCUUUACCCGGAUCAACAAGCAUAUGCAGAACCGGAGGUUAAGGAAAAUACGCGAGGUUGUCCCAAAAAAACUAAUUCUACUAAGCGUGAAGCAUCGCGAUGGGAGUAUAGGGAUAAUUCGCAAGGUCGUACAAGCAAUUCUUCGCGUGGAUGCACUUCUUCGCGUGGACGCACUUCUUCGUGUGGACCGAGAACCAGCCAAUCUUCUGAACCGUCAUAAGAGGCACACCAAGUUGAUAGUCCCCGUGGACUUCGUUGUGCUCGACAUGGGGAACGUGCAAGAAAAUGGAAAGCAGCACAACACUCUCCUUGGCCGACCCUUCAUGGCUACCACGAGCACUGUCAUAGACGUGAAGAAGGGGACGACAAGUAUGACGGUUUUAGGCGAGUCCAUUGUUAUUUCUGUUCGAGAGACCGGGCCUGAGCCGCGGGCGAGUGUGGUUGAAGAGUGUGCUUACCUCAGGGCGAUUGAGCAGCUGACCGAGGAUGCGUGCAUGCGAGAGCACGUUAAGAGGGCAUUGCAGGAUCGAGCUAUAGAUGAGAAGGAAUGCCGAAGUGACCCCCAGCCGAGUCCCCGAGAGUUGCCCCGAUCCCUAUGGGGUGAGAGAUUUGACUUGAAAAAGGCCCGUUGUUCGGGGCCUGACUUCCUCCACCCUCCACGAGUACCACCGGAUUCACAAAAAUAUUUUGACUGCAGUGGCUAUAUGUCCCCGGAAUAUGCAGUCGACGGUCUCUUCUCCGUGAAAUCGGAUGUCUUUAGUUUCGGCGUUUUGGUUCUCGAAAUCGUGAGCGGCAAGAGAAACAGAGGAUUUUCUCAUGCAGACCACAAUCUCAACCUUCUUGGACAUGCAUGGAUGCUAUACAAGGAAGGAAAGUCUUCAGAACUUGUAGAUUUUAACAUGGGAAACACAUGUUUUUUAUCACAAGUGGUGAGAGCAAUCCAUGUUGGUCUUUUGUGUGUCCAACAAUGUCCUGAGGACCGGCCAAGCAUGUCCUCGGUUGUCCUAAUGAUGGCCAACGAUGGCGUUUUGCCACUGGCAAAGCAGCCGGGGUUUUUCACAGAGCGGGAAAUGGUGUCGAAUGCCGAGAGCUCGGCAAGUUCAAAUGCAGCAAAUUCAGCAAAUGAAAUGAGCAUUACACUUCUGGAGCCAAGAUGA